CACUGCUCCAGGAUCAGGGGCUUGCUUGUGUCUGGGGGCUCGCUUGCCAGAGCCAGUGCCUCCCACUGGAGCGACUGGCUGUGCGCGGCCCCGUGUCGCUGUCCAUGGUGCUGAACCCGUUCCGUGUUGCCCAGCGAGAGCCAGGAAUGCUGUUUGUGGAUGGGAGUUGCAGGUUUUCUUUUGUUUAAACCGUGUCUGUCUUCUUUUAAAAAUAAAAUUGUCCACAUUUAAUUUUUAAUCGCCGAGGCAAGACUAUUCAGUGGGCUGACUGCAUUAACCUCUAAAUGCCUGAAGACGGAGGACAGUGUGUGCAUUGAGUUCCCUACAACACCGGCCGGAAGCAGAGUGUGUGUGUGAGACAGAGGCAGUGCCAGAGACCAGGAGGAGGGAAGGAAAAAGAGAGGGAGAGAGAGAGAAAAAGGGGCAAAGUCUGAACGAAGCUGAGGAGCUGGCGCAGAGAAACCGCUUCAUUUCACUGACCGAAUCUGGUUCAUGAUUCUUUGCAAAGAUCUUCACUGAAGGGACCAGGCAUGUGGCUGAGAUCUAACUUGUGACAUCAUUAUUGAAUCAACCCAUUUCUUCCCAUCCCAUUAACUGGCAUGAACGAGAUUCAUUUCAAGAUGUGUGAAGAAAUGGUCAUAACUUGUUGCCUUGAACAUAAUUGCUGAUCUGAUUGAUCAUGGAGAGGCUCCUCUUCUCACUGCUCCUGCUCAGUUUGACUGUCAAGGCUCAGCUUUGUCCAAAGCGUUGCAUCUGCCAGAACCUCUCCCCUUCCCUCUCCAUCCUCUGUGCCAAAACUGGGCUUCUCUUUGUGCCUCCAUUUAUCGACAGGAGGACGGUGGAGCUGCGCCUAACCGAUAACUUCAUCACCACGGUGAAGAGGAAAGACUUUGCCAACAUGACCAGCCUUGUCCACCUCACGUUGUCGAGGAAUACAAUCAGCCAGAUCAUGCCUCUCACCUUUGGUGACCUCCGCGGUCUUCGGGCUCUACACCUGGACAGUAACAGACUGACCAAGCUUGUGAAUGACCACCUGAAAGGCCUGGUGAAUCUCCGCCACCUAAUCCUGAACAACAAUCAGCUCAGCUACAUCUCGGAAGGAUCCUUUAACGACUUCAUCACCUGCCUGGAGGAUCUGGACAUGUCCUACAAUAACCUGGAACAGUUUCCUUGGGUGGCCAUUGCCAAAAUGGUCAAUCUGAACACGCUCACCUUGGAUCACAAUCUGAUCGACCACAUCGAAGAAGGGACAUUCUCUGUUCUUCACAAGCUAGGCCGAUUAGACAUGACAUCCAACAGACUACAAAAACUUCCUCCUGAUCCUCUUUUCUUAAGAACUCAGCUACUGGUUAAUGCCAAAGGCACUCAGUACUUCUCAUUGGUGCUCAGCUUUGGUGGAAACCCAUUGCAUUGUAAUUGUGAGUUACUCUGGCUGAGGCGCCUGACAAGGAAAGAUGACCUGGAGACCUGUGCAUCACCGCCUCACUUGAUGGGGAAAUAUUUUUGGUCAAUCUCAGAGGAUGACUUUACUUGUGAACCCCCUCUCAUCACACGGCUUUAUUCGAGCAAGACGUUUGUUAUGGAGGGGCAGAGUGUGACGUUGAAGUGUAAAGCGAUCGGGGAUCCGGACCCUUCCAUUCUCUGGAGCUCGCCAGAGGGGAAGCUGCUUUCCAACACGUCCAGGACGAUGAUAUACGACAAUGGAACCUUGGAUAUCCUGAUCACGACUCUGAAAGACAGCGGCAUGUUCACCUGCAUCGCUUCCAAUGCAGCUGGAGAAUCAACCACCAACAUCACCAUCGGGAUCAUCCCACUGCCCCAUCUCGUCAACCUUACAAACCAGGUGCAGGAGCCCGCCCCGGGGUCAUCCGACAUCACCACAUCCACCAAAUCCGGCUCACCUUCCAAUGGCACUGACACCAAGAGUCUGCAGGAUAAGAAAGUUGUGGCUACGGAACUGAGCACAACAUCAGCCCUCAUCCGAUGGCCCUCCCAACGGCCAAUCCCUGGGAUCCGGAUGUACCAAAUCCAGUACAACAGCUCCACUGACGAUACUUUGGUCUACAGGUGAAUCGUAGUCUUAAAGGUUUUGUCAGAACUUAAAUUCGUUCACUUUCUGAGAAAUAGUCAGCAGGUCUGCACAAACACGCACCAAAUUGGAAAAUACUUUUAAAAAAUGUCAUUAAAUUAUACAGUGCAGAAGAAGCCCUUUGGCUGAACUAAAUCUGUACUAGUCCCACCUUCUCUCACUAGGCCCAUAACCUUGAAUGU